GAUGAGCUCUUAAAACGCUGUGCUUUGCAUUUGGAUUCGCAUUUCAUUUGCAUCUGCAUUUCAUUUGCAUUUGGAUUUCCUUGUGAAUCAGAGAUCCUCAUCCGAAGAAGAAGAAGAAGAAGAAGAAGAAGAAGAUGCACGCGAAGACGGACUCCGAAGUGACGAGCAUCGCACCAUCGUCUCCGACGAGAUCACCGCGCCGUCCAGUGUACUACGUCCAAAGCCCCUCCAGAGACUCCCACGACGGAGAGAAAACCACCGCUUCAUUCCACUCCACACCCGUCCUCAGCCCCACCGGCUCCCCUCCUCACUCCAACUCCUCCGUCGGCCACCACUCCCGUGAAUCCUCAUCCAGCCGCUUCUCCGGCUCGUUGAAACCCGGAUCCAGGAAAGUCACCCCCAAUGACACCACCCGCACCACCACCGGCGCCUCCCGCAAAGGCGGCGGCAAGCAUUGGAAGGAGUGCGCCGUCAUUGAAGAAGAAGGGUUGCUUGAUGAUGAGGAUGAUCAUAAAGGAGUGAUCCCUAAAAAAUGCUAUUUUCUUGCAUUUAUUCUUGGAUUUUUCAUUCUCUUCACCCUCUUCUCUUUGAUUCUCUGGGGUGCUAGUAAAUCUCAAAAGCCUCAGAUCUCUCUCAAGAGUAUGAAGUUUGAGAACUUUAUCAUACAAGCAGGAACAGAUGCAACAUUGGUGCCCACAGAUAUGGUGACCAUGAACUCAACCUUGAUGCUCACUUUCAAAAACACUGCUACUUUUUUUGGUGUUCAUGUCACUUCAACUCCAGUGAAUCUCAACUACUAUGAACUCACAUUGGCCACUGGUGAUAUUAAGGAGUUUUAUCAAUCAAGGAAGAGUCAGAGGACUUUGAAUGUGGUGGUGGUGGGGAAUAGGAUUCCAUUGUAUGGAGGUGGAGCUAGUUUAACUAGUUCUAAUGGCAAGUCUAACAACAGUCCAGUGCCUUUGAAUCUUAGUUUUCAAGUGAGGUCCAGGGCUUAUGUUCUGGGGAAGCUUGUGAAGCCUAAGUUUUAUAUAAAUGUACAGUGUUCUCUUGUUUUGAAUCAGAAUAAGCUUAAUACUCCAGUUUCAUUGAAGAAUUCCUGUCAGUAUAGUUGAGACUUGAGACUUGAGAAAGAUGGCUGAGUUUUUCAGAGUUGGGAGACAGCUGGGAAUGAUGGACUACUACUGAGACAGGUUGGCUUUGAUGACUUUUGGAAUGGGUCUAUUUCAUUGAGAUUCUUAUGGUAUAAUAAUAAAAGAAAAGAAAGAACUCAUGUUUUAUUGAAGUGUCAAAGAGUUUUGUCUUUGUGCAUCACAGCUAUGAUAUAGGUUGUAAUUUAUUGUUUUUUUUUUUGUCUUUCUUUUUAUUUUGUUUUUUGUUUUCUAGUAUAAAUUAUAUGUUGUUGCAUA